AUGUACGGACCGCGGGGGGCAAUGUUGGGAAGCGGGGGGGUUUCGGACGGGUACGAGGUUGGCUCAAAGAGACAAAGAAUGAUGGAAUCCAAUCCAUACUUCGCAGUGAGCAGCGGAGCAGGCAGCUUUCAACCUUAUGGAUAUGCUGGUGGCUUCCAGCCCCUUCCUCCUUUUCCUGUGGUUCGUCUCAGGGGGCUUCCAUUUAACUGCACAGACAUUGACAUCUUGAAGUUCUUUGCUGGACUGACCAUAGUCGAUGUGUUGCUGGUCAACAAGAAUGGACGGUUCUCUGGAGAGGCCUUCGUAGUCUUUGCAGGAGCAAUGCAGGUUGAGUUUGCUUUACAGAGGGAUCGACAGAACAUGGGUCGCAGAUACGUGGAAGUCUUCAGGUGUAAGAAGCAAGAUUAUUACAAUGCUGUUGCUGGUGAGAUCAGUUACGAAGGAAUAUAUGACAAUGAUUACCAAGGAAGCCCUCCUCCUUCUCGGGUCAAGCGGUUCAGUGAUAAAGAUCAAAUGGAAUACACUGAGAUAUUAAAGAUGCGUGGACUUCCAUUCAACGUGACGAAAUCUCAAAUUAUUGAGUUUUUUAAAGAUUACAAACUGAUAGAAGAUAGGGUGCACAUUGCAUGUCGCCCAGAUGGUAAAGCUACUGGAGAAGCAUAUGUAGAGUUUGUUUCGCCAGACGAGGCUAAGAAAGCAAUGUUCAAGGAUAAAAUGACCAUUGGAUCUAGGUAUGUGGAACUGUUUCCUUCUACACCAGAUGAAGCUAGACGGGCUGAGUCAAGAUCAAGGCAGUAA